GAUGUGCAAAAAAAAAACGUAAAAUAUUGUUUAUAAAUUAGUUUGGAAAUUUCAGAUUGUUGAAAUUAAAAAGAAAAUCCAUAGAAUGGAGUUGCCUGUAUAUCGUUCAACGCUUUGUAUCGUUGAGGAACAUUGUACUGAGUACAGCGAUGAGAUAAUGUGGAUUGUACAGGAAGCUGAAUUAAACAACAGAUUAAUAAUACGCUACUUGUCACCUCAGCUCCAAUACCGUACAUUUAUGGUAAACUUCAUUCAAAGUGUCGGAGAGCGCCAACAUCUACGGAGAAGCACUGUACAUUUGGCGAUCUACCUGAUGGAUGCGUUCAUGGAUAAUCAUAACAUUUCUGACAACAGACUAGAACUCUUCGGUUCGUGUUGCAUUUUACUGGCGUCUAAACUUGAGGAAAAUGAACCAAAUGUGCCUUCGUCGAAAAAGCUGAACGAAUUACUCAAAUGCCCUUGCGUAUUGUCGGACUUUGCAGUACUCGAACUUAUGUUGUUGAAGUUUUUCAAAUGGCAGCUAAUCAUCCCAACUACUUCCGUAUUUGUUGAGUUCUGGGUGUUAAAUAUUGUCUCAAGAAUCGAUUUCGCUUCGACUAUAAGCGACGAACAAUAUUACGAUAGGCGUACUCGUGCUGUUGAGUUGGUGUUGGAAUUUUUGGAUGUGACACUCUUGGACAUUAAGAUGACCAAUAUUCGCCCUUCUUUGUUGGCUUCUGCUUGUAUGGCUGCGGCUCGGUCUUUGCUGCCUGUUGUGAAGAUUUGGAAUGACAACAUGAUUGUACUGACCAGUUAUUCAUACAGUGACAUCAGUUUCUUGACCCGAGAGCUUCUGAAUUGGAGGGCAUGCUUGAUCACAAAUACCAUAAGUCGUAAGCGAGGGUUAUUGAACGCAACAGACAACGAGGAGCCUGAUCUUGCAUACGAUGGUGAUGAGGAGGACGAUGUGGUAGAGACAGACGACGAAGAUGUGUUGGUUAUUAAGAACAAACGCGCAAAACGAGACUAGAGAUGCUUCAUAUCAUUCCUGUUGAUUUGUCAUAAAUAAAAAUGUUCGUAGAACAUUGCGGAACCAUUUAUGUUUGAAAUUUGUAACAUCAUGGUCAGGGUUGUUGAAAGCCUUGUUAAUAUAAUAUAAUAUAAUAUUAAUCAUUAUUAAUAUUAUAUUAUAUUAUAUUAACAUUUUUUACUGCUUCAAUUUCUUAGUU